ACGUUAACCCGGACAAUGCGCCGCGGUCGUGGCGGGCUGGAAGCGACCCCGCGGCCGGAGACGUGGUGGGCCUUGCUGCUGUUGUCCUUGUUGCCUGUGGGGCGGCCGUUCUAUGUCCCUGGAGUCGCUCCACGGGACUUCCGCGACGCAGAGACAGUAGAUAUUAAGGCAGUGAAGCUGACCAGCUCCCGGACCCAGCUUCCUUAUGAAUACUACUCCCUCCCUUUCUGUAAGCCAGAAUCUGUGUUCUACAAGGGAGAGAACCUGGGUGAGGUUUUACGCGGGGACCGUAUUGUGAACACCCAGUACAAUGUUGAGAUGAACAAAGACAAGAAAUGUGAGAUGAUGUGCAGCAAGAAAAAGCUCAGCGUACAAGAGAGCAAGCUGGUUGCUGAGCGAAUCCAGGAGGAGUACUACGUUCACCUUAUCGCAGACAACCUGCCAGUUGCAACCAGGUUGGAGUUUUACCCCAACAGAGAGGCAGGAGGUGAGGAGGAGCAGAAGAAGGAUGUGGUGAAAGACAUCCAGUUUGAGCAUGGCUACAGACUGGGCUUCGUCGAUAACAACAAGUUUUAUCUGCACAACCACCUUUCCUUCAUCCUGUACUUCCACAGGGAGAAGGUGGAAGAGGGUGAACUUCAUGACUACAGGGUGGUGCGAUUUGAGGUCGUACCCCAAAGUGUAAAAGUAGACGAUCUGAAAGCAGUGGAAAAAGAGAAGACUUGCACCUUGCCCGAAGCCAGUGGCUCCGCCCCCCAGGAGGUUGACCCGACCAAAGAGAACGAGGUUCUCUUCACCUACUCUGUCCACUGGGAGGAGAGCGAGGUGAAGUGGGCGUCUCGAUGGGACACGUACCUGACCAUGAGCGAUGUCCAGAUUCACUGGUUCUCCAUCGUCAACUCUGUGGUCGUCGUGUUCUUCCUGUCCGGGAUUCUGAGUAUGAUCAUCAUCAGGACCCUGAGGAAGGACAUCGCUAACUACAACAGAGAAGAUGACAUAGAGGACACCAUGGAGGAGUCGGGCUGGAAGAACGUUCAUGGCGACGUCUUCAGGCCGCCUCAGUAUCCCAUGAUCCUCAGCUCUCUACUGGGCUCGGGGAUCCAGCUCUUCUGCAUGAUCCUCAUCGUCAUCUUUGUUGCAAUGUUGGGCAUGUUGUCUCCAUCCAGCAGAGGGGCCUUGAUGACCACUGCUUGCUUCCUUUUCAUGUUCAUGGGUGUGUUUGGUGGCUACUUUGCUGGCAGACUGUACCGCACACUGAAGGGUCAUCGCUGGAGGAAAGGAGCAUUUUGUACAGCAACUUUGUAUCCUGCAGUGGUUUUUGGAAUUUGCUUCAUCCUAAACUGUUUCAUCUGGGGAGAACACUCCUCUGGGGCGGUUCCGUUCACCACCAUGCUGGCCCUGCUGUGCAUGUGGUUUGGUAUUUCCAUGCCCCUGGUCUACCUGGGCUACUACUUUGGCUUCCGCAAACAGCCCUAUGAUAACCCAGUGCGCACCAACCAGAUCCCUCGGCAGGUCCCGGAGCAGCGCUGGUACAUGAACAAGUUUGUCGGAAUCCUGAUGGCUGGGAUCCUGCCGUUUGGUGCCAUGUUCAUCGAGCUCUUCUUCAUUUUCAGUGCCAUCUGGGAGAAUCAGUUCUAUUACCUCUUUGGCUUCCUGUUCCUUGUGUUCAUCAUCUUGGUGGUCUCCUGCUCUCAGAUCAGCAUCGUCAUGGUUUACUUCCAGCUCUGUGCAGAGGACUACCGCUGGUGGUGGAGGACGCUGCUGGUUUCAGGAGGCUCGGCGUUCUACGUCCUUGUUUACGCUGUCUUCUACUUUAUCAACAAGCUGGACAUUGUGGAAUUCAUCCCCUCCCUCUUGUACUUCGGCUACACAGCCCUGAUGGUGCUGUCCUUCUGGCUGCUCACCGGCACGAUCGGCUUCUACGCCGCCUACAUGUUCAUCAGGAAAAUCUACGCCGCAGUCAAGAUCGACUGAGUCGUGUCUACCGUCGUUGUUUUUUUCUUUUUUUGCGAGGGGCGGGAGGGUUGAUUUUUCUUUUGUUUUUUCGCCACGUUUCUUUUUUUUUUUUUUUUUUUUUUUAAAUGUGUUUUUUAUAAUUCAUGUCCUACAAGCACUGACUUGUGUGUAGAGGGAACAAGAGGGGCGUGUUUUUAAUGCCGCAACAGUCCCACCCACUGGCGUCAUUUGGAAGAACAGCAAGCGGCAGAGCUGAACCAGCUGUUUCACUCCCCCCCAUCCCCCUCUCCCUCGCUUCUUCCUCCCUCCUCUCUCUCUGGGACAGCUCCUCAGAGGGGAUCCUCCUCUGACGGGACAGUUCACGUCUCCUGCUGUUUUCACCUCGUGCACACAACACGGUGGGCCAAAGCUUGUCAAACGACCGUUUCUGCACAUUUCCCUCUUUUGUCUUUUCAUUUUGUGUUAUGACUCUUAACUUAUCCAGGGUUUUUAUUUUUGAUUCAUCUCUGACUUCAUUUCUCAUCAUUAUCUCCCGAGAAGCUAUUUUCAUCUGAUUUCUUUACAUAAAUUCUUAGUCUUUGCUUUUUUCCACUGUCUCUGUUUUCAAAUGUGACUUCAUGUCAGAGACGUUACGGAUCGGGGACGGAUCGGGGGGAGGCGUCACUGUGGUUAACGUUGCUAACUUCGUUGUUUCUAACAGAUCUGGAUGGAAGCUCUGCAUUGUAACAGAAGAAAGGAUAAAUUAAAUGUUCUAUUAUUUUUUACAUCAGUUUCCAUGUCCUGGUGUGACCAUGUAAACCUCCACUAUAAUCAAAACAUUAGCUCCUUCUUACAAAUCGGUUGCUCUUUGUCAGAGAAUCGCUCCGUUUGUUUUAAACGAUGCAUAACAGCUCUGAAUGAUACCGGGAACCCGACGCUCUGAAGCGCCUGGAGUCGGAGGAAAAGGAAAAAGCUGCAGUCGACACUCAAACGACGAGGAGGGACCUGUUGAAUUCUGAAAGUCUACAGCACAAAGGCGUGUUUGAAGGUUUUUUCCAGCGGUCACUCGCAGGACGCUCAGUAGCCCGAGCGGUCCCGGGACGCCUGCUGAACUAUGCAGUAGUGGAGAGGAGUGCAGAGCGGAGCGGCCGUCUGUGGUGGGGGGAUUCCAAAGGACCAUUUUGUUGGGAAAUAUCAUGUUUGAAUCAAAUGUGUGAUACUCUUCGUGGGGGGAGAAGAGAUUGUUUCUACCGAAUGCAGCCGAGGAUUGAAAUGUGACCCACAGUGUUCUUAUUAGAUAUGUACAGUUAAUGUUUCUGUGUAGGCUGACGACGACUCCUCGAAUUACUAUUGUUUAUUUAUGUUUUUUCGGCUAAAAGACUUUGAAACGCAAUUUUGAAAUGUGUGUGGGGCCUGAUAAAAAUGUGACAAACUGCUCUAAUUAACGGCUUCCCAUAGAAAACCAAUCUAUUUUAUUUUAGCUAAAUUACCUCACAUUACAUAUAUAUAUUUAUAAAAUCACAGCAUACACGUAGUAAAGAAAUAAUUGUGAAAUACACUUAUUUGCUUCCUAAAUGUGAGUUGAAUGACAAAGCCGGUGUCGUUCUCAGAACUCGGGAUGAGACCUGGGUACGAUGCUGUCGCCCACAGUCAGUCAGCCCAGCAUGAGGACUGGGGAUAUGCCCCCCCCCCCCCCAGCCAGCCUUUAUGCUAAAAGAAGCUCUGCCGUUAGACGAGAUACGUCCUGCAGAGCACUGACAGUAGUAUAAUACAGAAAUCUCAAUUGCAGUUCACCGUAGUUAACGGUUAUGUUCGAGAAUAUUCUGAAGACUGCAUUUCAACAGGCAGCACGGAUCUGAAAAGAGUUUUAUCACUGCCUGUGUACGAUCCGCUGAAGCGCUGGCAGUGAUUUUUCUUUUUCUUUUUUAAAUCAAUCUAAAGCUGAAAGGAAACUUAACUAAACCCACACAACGGCCACUCGAGUCGGAUUCCUAGCAGACUUCAUGGUGACCGUCAGACUGAUUUUAGUCAAGUAUCAAAAUGCUUGUUUUAAUACACAAUCAUAGUGCUAUGGCCAUUUUUUCCGCACACAAGUGAAGGUGAUUUGUUGGUGCGGGGCCAGUGCAUGGAUCGACCCUGAUGCCCCCUCCUCCCUCCGUCAGAGUCAGGCCCACCCAACCACCUGACAAGCGGCUCAGCCAAAAAUAUUGAAGUUACCCCUGCCACAUGCCGGCUCAGUAAAGGGUCAGAGGUGGCCUCAACUCAAAUGACUGUUCCCUGGCACAAUCAUUCCCUUUUAUUUUAAAUUUAUCUCCCACUGCCAUCAUACACCUCUGUACCGCUGCACCGCCCUCUGCCCUCUACAUCACGUCAGAGACACUUGAGCUGCUUUCUUACGUCGAGGCCGACGCUCCUCUCCCAUGCUGCUGAAGCGCACACGCCGGGGGAGACUUUUUUUACGGACGGACUUUAAAGUGGCCCGAGUCAUGCAUGCGUAUGUAUGAUGGAGGGUUUGACAAUGUAAAUAAAAGAAAAACAGCAUUGUGUUUGUUUUGCGUUCUUGCUGUUCGUUGCGCCCUCUGUAAUGAUUCCGGUCAUCGUUUUAGCCAGAAGCAUGACGCUCAUGAUGACUUUCAAAGGAACCAACUUCUGUUACUUUUCUCUCUGUUGCUUUUUUAAUUUUUUUUUUUUCAGAAUGUCCAACCACAAAAUGUACAAUGACAAAACAAUAAAGUGAUGACAAGUUGAAUAUGA